AUGGCCUACGGAUUACUCUGGGCAGGUACCUCCAAGUUAUAUCUCACGGUCCAGCCCUUCGAAGACUGGCUCGUUCAAAGCCAUGGAAAAUUCCAGCCGCAUUUUCAAAUAAUUUGCUUUCCUGAGAAGUUCUUACAUCGCGUCGAAAAGCUUGUCAUGUCCCAACACACGAGAUCACCCCACCUCACUACGUUAAAUGGUGAUGAUGGAACACUUGAUGGGGUCCCUCAAUCCCAGGAUAUCUCUGCCAGAGAUAUCAAUCCCGCAAAGCUGACAUCCUUCUUGCGCGACAAGUUUGGAAGUGGCUCGUAUAAUGUGCACAGAUCAUCGGGUCUAGAUGAUGCACAAUAUGUACAUGAUAAAGGCUCCGAGACGUCUGUCCGUCAUUCGGAGACCACGACGACACAGCUUUCCAAAAACCCCAACACCAUCUCUCUUCUUCCAAGAAAAGGAUUAUUUCUUUUAAAAACAACUGUCAUCGCCGAGAAAUCUCAAAGAGGAUACAUGUAUUGA